AUGUCCAGCACCACAGAGCCAGCCCGCGGUAUCCAUUAUGCCGCUGCCGCCGCCGCCGCUCCGACCGCCGGCGGCGUCGAGGCGCCGGCGCAGCACUACGGCCACGGGCACCCCAAGAGGCGGGACGGCGUGCAUCGGAUCCGGCAGCAGGAGCAGCGCCGGAGCUCCGGGCUGGUGUGGGCGCUGGUGAUCCUGUGCACGGUGCUGGCCAUCGGUGUGAUCGUGACGGGAGCCACCGUGUUCGCCGUGUACCUGCUGUACAAGCCCAAGACGCCGUACCUGCUGGUCUCCGACGCGCGGCUGGAGACGCUGGUGUACGACCAGUCGGGCACCAUCCGGGACCUGCAGCUGGCGCUCACGGUGCUGGCGGAGAACUCCAACUCCAAGACCGACGCCACCUUCUCCCGCGUCAACCUCGCCGUCGGGUUCCGCGGCGCCGAGGUGGCGCUGCUGCGGGCCGGAACCUUCGCCGUGCCGCGCCGCAGCUUCUUGCCGCUCCGGUAUCAGGUGGUGUCGGCGGGGCGGCAGCUCAGCCCCGAGGGGAUGGAGGCCAUGGCCGGCGCGCUCCGGGAGGCCGUCGUGCCGCUCGACCUCUUCGGCAAGGCGCGCACCACCUGGAAGGUCGGCAUCUUCGCCUCGCUCCAGUUCUGGACCCGCAUCUCCUGCCGCUUCCUCUUCAACUACCCCGGCAACGGCACCGCCAUGCCCAUCGAUUGCCGCUCCAAGUCGCCGUAG